AUGUUUGCCAUAGCUUCCCCAUCAUCAUCUUCUUCGUCCAGGAAAUAUGAAGUGUUUCUGAGUUUCAGAGGAGAGGACACUCGCAGAUCCUUCACCAGCCAUCUCCAUACUGCCUUGUGCGUCGGAGAUAUUGAGACAUACAUAGAUUAUGAGCUCCCAAAAGGUGAUGACAUCUCCCAAUCACUCAUGCAAGCAAUUCAGGAUUCAUCCAUCUCUAUGGUGGUCUUCUCUGAAAACUAUGCCUCCUCCAAAUGGUGUUUGAAUGAGCUCCUUCAGAUCCUUCGCUGCAAACAACAUCAGGCACAGAUUGUUGUUCCUAUCUUCUACGAAAUCGACCCAUCUCAUGUGCGCAAUCAGAAAGGAACUUAUGAGAAAGCAUUCUCAGAACAUUUCAAGAAAAACCCAGAGAAGGUGGAGGAGUGGAGACAAGCACUUUUUGAGAUUGCAAGUCUAGCAGGAUGGGACUCCGGCAACUACAGGGAUGAAGCAGAACUCAUUCAAAAUAUUGUCAUGGACAUCAACAAAAAACUAAACCAUGGGUCCCCAACAACUGUAUUAGAUAAUAUUGUCGGAAUUGAUUAUGAGAAUUUGGAUCAUAUUGAGCUGUUACUAAAAGGAUUCUCGAUGGUUGGGAUUUGGGGUAUGGCCGGGAUAGGCAAAACAACCAUGGCUAAGGCUAUGUUUACCAAACUCCACUCUCAAUUUCAUAGUUGCUGCUUCUUAGAAAAUUUUAGGGAAGAGUCAGAAAAGCAUGGGUUAAAAUAUGUGCAUGAUAAACUUUUCCAUGAACUAUUAAAGGAUACAUCUCUUAAAAGACUCAGUCAUAGAAAAGUUUUGAUUGUACUGGAUGAUGUGAGCAACACAAGGCAGUUAGAUUAUUUGGAAAGCGAAGCUCCUCUUUUAGGACGUGGUAGUAAAGUCAUCAUAACAAGUAGAGAUAAGCAUGUACUUGAUGGAAGAGUUGAGAGAAUACAUGAGGCCAAGGCAUUGAGCUACAACAAUUCACUUAAGGUUUUCAACCUUAAAGCCUUCUGCAAAGAUGGCUAUAAAAGUGAAUAUGAAGAACUAGUUGAAAGAGCUCUUGCUUAUGCCCAAGGCGUUCCAUUAGCCUUAACCAUUUUGGGUUCAUUCCUUUAUUCCAGAACUGUAAAAGAAUGGGAAAGUGCAUUGAGGAAAUUAGAAAGGACACCCCAUCGAGAUAUUCAAGCUGUGUUAAAAUUGAGCUAUGAUGGGCUUGAUGAUGAGGACAAACAGAUAUUUUUAGACAUUGCUUGUUUUUUCAAAGGUGAAUUAAGAAGUUAUGUAGAAGCAAUGCUAGAGUACUGUGGCUUUGAGGCAAGCAAUGGUUUGAGAACCCUUAUGGAUAAGGCGUUGAUAAGUGUCAGUUGUGAUGCAGUAUGGAUGCAUGAUUUAAUUCAAUCAAUGGCUUUCGACAUUAUUCAUCAAGAGUGCAUCACAAAUCCUGGAGGACGUAGUCGACUAUGGAAGCCUGAUGAGAUCUAUGAUGUUCUAAAAAAUGAUCGAGGAAAUGAUGCAAUUCAAGCCAUAAGUUUAGAUUUGUCUCAAAUUAAAGAUUUGGAAUUGAGUGCUGAUGUCUUUAGAAAGAUGCCUAAUUUAAGGUUUCUAAAAUUCCAUUAUUCACAUGGGCAUGAAGGAUCGUGUACUGUGAAUCUUUCUUCAGGGCUUGAGUCAUUGCCCAAUUCAUUAAGGUGUCUUCAAUGGGACAAUUUUCCUUCCAAGUGUCUACCAUUGUCAUUUUGUGCAGAGAAACUAGUCGUACUUCGCAUGCAAGGUAGCCACCUUGAAAAACUAUGGGAUGGCAUGCCGAACUUUGUGAAGUUAAGGGAGAUAGACCUUGCUGGGUCCAAACAAUUGAUAGAGUUGCCAGAUUUCUCAACAGCCCAAAAUCUUAAACAGGCUGAUCUGACAGAUUGUGAAAGUUUACGGCAUCUUCAUCCAUCAAUUUUAUCUCUCCCAAGAUUGAGAGAUCUGAAACUUUGUGACUGCCGAAACCUAAAAAGUUUGAAAUGUGAGAGUCCAUCAAAAUCUCUCUUACACCUAGAUGUCUGUGGUUGCUCUAGUCUCAAGGAAUUUUCAUUCUCUUCAGACAAAAUGGAGUAUUUAAGUUUAGAAGGAACAUGUGUCGAGAUAUUGGACUUUUCAAUUGGGCGUAUGGAGAAACUCAAGGGGCUCUGUCUCAACGGCUCAACAUUAAAGAAUCUUCCGAUCAAUGACAUCUGUUACAUGAGAUCUCUCGAGGAGCUUCAUCUUUAUGAUUGUGGAGGAACAAUUGACAAAUCAAAGCUUCAUGGCUUAUUUGAUGCUUUGCUAUCUCUACAAACAAUUGAUUUGAGCGGGACAUGCAAAUUGACUGAACUUCCAAACAAUACCAAGCAUCUCUCAAGGCUACAACAUCUUAACGUAAGCGGUUGCAAGGACCUUCAAUCUUUACCCGAGCUUCCUCCAUCCAUUGAAGUAUUAGAUGCCGUCGAAUGCACAUCAUUAAAGACACUACAAUUCACUUCUCAUAUUGAAUCUUCAUUGUCGACAGAUGAAAUAACGCCGGGUUCAAACUUCAAGCAUCUUUCAAAUCUAGAACGAAUUAAGUUGAGCAAUUGUAGAAGACUUCGUUCUCUACCAGAGCUACCGCCGUUCUUUGAACAUAUUGAUGCCCAAGGUUGCAUAUCAUUGGAAACGCAUGUUAUGGAAAGUGCUUAUUUCUUAUUGAGGCGACUGGUAUACGCACAAAAAGAAGGUUGCAUUUACUACUCCGGAAGAAAAGCUCCAGGGUGGUUUAGAUUUAAUCAGGCAGUAGAGGCUUCCAAAAAUAUAACUAUUGAGCUUCCUUUCCCCACCAGCGACCUAAUUGGCUUCAUUUUCUGCUGUGUUCUUUCUCGAUACCCUCCCACCUACUUUGAAUGCAAACUGUAUGUUGGUGAUGGUUUUCCAUGGAUUACGACAAGCUUUAUGGGAAAUAUGACAAAUUUAGAUUCACAUCAAGUUUUUCUGUGGUGUCGACCUUGCACAUUCAGGGGCUUCCAUAACAAGAUGGACGAUCAAAACACCAAUUAUAGACCAAAGUUGCUAUUUGAAUUCAGUCUUGUUGCAGAGAGUGGGGAUGUUGAUGGUGUGAUUGAAGAAUGUGGAGUCUUGCCAAUAUAUGCCUCGGAAUAUCCCAACUUCAUUCAACAAAUGGAAUUGCAGUCAAACUUGGGUACCCAAAAAGAGACUUGUCAUGAUGCUGAUGAGAAUUCAUUUAAUGGGAUCCUAAAAUAUGCUAGUUUCUCCUUGAAUCAAGGAAAAUGUGGCAAUUUUGAAGGAAGUCUUAUUCCAGAAUGGUUUACUUAUAAAAGUUCAACAAUGAAUUAUGACCUUUCAGAAGUGAGGAUCGGUGUUCAGUUUGCUCUAGAUUUUGACAACUUAAUGGGUUUCAUUUUCUGCUUUGUUAUACCCCAGUUCUCCUCAAAAAAAAGGGAUGAAUGUCACUCGUCAUGUUAUUUCAAUUUACAUGACUUGAGUGUAUCGUCUGAUAGGAGUGAAGAUAGGAGUUGGAUCUAUGGUAACAAUUGGAAAGGUCCAUUAGGAUGGCACUAUUCAAUGGUAAAAUUGAAUUCAGAUAAUGUUUUUCUAUGGUACGAUCCCCUCUACAGUGAACUCAUACUACAGAAACUCCGAAAAAAGGGAAAAGGUCAUGAUGAGGAGCUGGAAUUUAAAUUUCAUUUUGGUGAUUAUUAUACCAAUAAUUGCAAUUCUGAAGAGUACAAUUGCUGGAUCAAAGAAUGUGGAGUUCGGCCAAUACAUGUCUCAGAGUACAAAAACUUCCUUCUUCAACAAAAAAAAUUGAAAGGAGGUAUGAAAAAAAAGAGGCCUCGAAAUAUUGAUGAUGACCAGUACCAACUCCCUUUAACAAAGAAAUUGAAGGAGUCUUCAAUCAUUCAAUCUAUUCCCCAGAAUCCUGAGUCCAAGACUUCUCAUGAUGUCGAUAAAGUGCUCCUCCUGCCGUCCCAAUUGAAUUUGGAAUCUACAAAGGAUCAUAGUCGUGAGAAAUAG